AUGCAAGCUAUAAAUUUCAUCACAGGAAACGAGAACAAACUGAUCGAAGUCCGAGCGAUCCUGGGCGAUACGGUGACUGUUAACAGUAAAGCUGUUGAUGUUCCUGAAAUCCAGGGAACUUCUGAAGAAAUCGCCAUAGAGAAAUGUCGUCGUGCGGCUGAUGAGGUUGGAGGGCCCGUCUUGACUGAAGAUACGGCUCUGGAAUUUCAUGCAUUGAAAGGUCUUCCUGGUCCGUAUAUUAAAUGGUUCCUGGAAUCGCUCGGCCUGGAUGGGUUGAACAAGAUGCUAGAUCCUUACGAAGAUCGGUCUGCUGAAGCCGUCUGUACAUUUGCAUUUUCCCACGGACCUGGUGAAGAGCCUAUCCUUUUCCAAGGGAGAACCUUGGGCAAAAUCGUAGCUGCACGUGGCCCAACAAAGUUCGGCUGGGACCCUAUUUUUGAAUAUGAAGGCCAGACAUAUGCCGAGAUGGAUAAAGCGGAAAAGAACAAGAUCUCUCAUCGCUUCAAGGCACUGGUGAAGCUAAAAGAGUGGUUGGCUGAAACCAAGGCGUGA